AUGAAUGUAUAUGAUUACUUUGAUAAAUAUACAUUCUUGUGUGAAAUGUACGACGAGGAAGGUGAUGAAAUCGUAGAAUUAGUUUUGAACUUCUAUCCUUUCGAUAAUUCGGUCCAAAUAAUAAAUACUAAAAAGGGAAAAAACCUUCUAAAGCGCGUACAAUUACCUCCGUUAAAACUAGAAAUGCUGCAAAUAGGUAAUAUUGUUAACAUAUUUUCGAAGCUACUAUACAUAACAGAUUGUGCACCAGCCACUCGCAGAACUUUGUUUAAUAAUGUCCAAAGCACAUUUGCUCUGAUCAAACCAGUUCCACCUAGUGCCCAUGGGAAAAUAAUAACUUUCAUAAUGAAGAGCGGUUUUCGUAUAGUUCGUAUGAAAAAUGGAAAAAUUACUAAGGAUUUUGCAAUGGAACUUUACAAGAGCAUAUCAGGAAGCAAUAUGAUGCCAAUCAUAAUAGAUUAUGUGACGGCUUCGGAAGUUAUCGGAUUGGAAUUAGUGGCUCCUGAUGCAGUAAAAAAAUGGCGGAAAUGUUUAGGGGCGACAGAUCCAGCUGAAGCAGCACCUGGAACCCUCAGGAAAUUGUACGGAGAAAAUAAAUUGAAGAAUGUAGCGCACGGUUGCAAUACUUUGGAAGACGCGAAUCAGAUGCUGGAGUUAUUCUUUGGCUACGAUAAAGGUAUUCCCAGGGUCCCGUAUAGAGCCACUCUUAAAGACUGCACUUGUUGCAUCAUAAAGCCUCACGCAGUGAUUGAUGGAAAUCUCGGCGCAAUACUAGAGCAAAUCGCGACUUCAGGGAAAUUUUUUAUUGCAGCCAUAGCAAUGUUUUCAGUGAAGCUCGGGAAUGCCCAGGAAUUUUAUGAAAUAUACAAAGGUGUUCUUUCUGAAUAUGAGGCUAUGUGCAUUCACUUGGCUGAAGGUAAAUGUGUGGCUUUAGAAGUGAAAUCCUUAGACUCAAAUAUAAACUGUGUUUGUGAGUUCAGAAAACUAUGUGGCCCUCGAGAUCCAGAUUUAGCACGUCAAUUAUAUCCAGAUUCCAUUAGAGCACAUUACGGUAAAACCAUAAUACAUAAUGCUGUUCAUUGCACUGAUCUUCCUGAAGAUGGUGAACUUGAAGUAGAAUAUUUCUUUAAAUUAUUGGCGAAUGAUUAGGUUUAUUGUUUAUUAAAUGUAUUUUUAACAACCA